ACACGGAAGUAACCAGGAGCGAGUCGUCAGUCGUGUUGAAAUCUCGUGUAUUGACACCGCAGAGGCAGGUUGUCAAUGAAGCGCCACUCUACAGAAUUAUUGUUUUGUAAUUUCUGUUCAUGAUUAGAUAUUUAUGUAGGCUCGGUUUUUAGCUCGUCCUGCGACUGUAUUUGAACGCGGAGUCAGAUGUGUUUUAAUACUCUCGUUGUUCACGGGGCGACGGCGACCCUUCAGAGUUGAACUAGCCCCAAUUAUUUAGUUUCCUGGAUGCAGAACAUUAUUCAGUUGUGUGGAAAUGAAAACGAUGUUUUUAAUGUUUGCUAUCGUGGCGUGCUCCUGCUGCUACCUGUUGGUCAGCGGCACACUCUCCAAAACAGACCCGAAAAGGAUUCCGGACGAUGUGCUGGAAAACGCGUCAUCCCCAGCAUCAGAAUCUGUGUCGGAGAGAGAACUGGUGGUGACAGCAGUUCAUUGGAAGGAUGUUGUAAAGGAGGAGAAGAGAUACUGGGCUAAAAUCAAAAAGAAUUUUAAAGGAGCAGUGCUUGGUUAUGUUACGCCAUGGAAUUCCCACGGGUAUGACAUCGCAAAGCUGUUUGGCCCCAAGCUGACCUCAGUGUCUCCGGUGUGGCUUCAACUUCACCGACGCUGGCGUGAGCAUUUCGAGGUCACGGGCCUACACGACCAUGACGAAAGCUGGGUCGAAGCGGUGCGCAAUUCCAACAAAGAAGUCAGGAUUGUACCCAGGCUGCUGUUUGAUGAUUGGUCCUAUCAGGAUUACGUGAGCGUGAUGUCCAGUGAAGAUGAGAUCGAGGAGCUGGGAAGUGUGUUGGUACAAGUUGCAAAGUCAGAAAAAUUUGAUGGCUACACCUUGGAACUUUGGACCCAGCUGGCAGGCCACAAAAGAAAGGAACUGGUGCAUUUAAUAACGCACACAUGUGAAACGCUGAGGGCUAACCAAUUAGACUGCAUCCUCGUCAUUCCUCCCCCUGUGACGAGCACAGGAAAGCCCGGCAUGUUUGGCAGGGAGGAGUUUGAGCAACUUGUCCAAGUAGUGGACGCCUUCAGCCUCAUGACGUACGACUACUCCAGUGGUUUAAAACCGGGCCCGAAUGCUCCUCUGUCCUGGGUGAAAGAAUGUAUUCUCCAGCUGGCCCCCAACAAGGAGUGGAGGUCUAAGAUACUACUCGGGCUUAAUUUGUAUGGCGUGGACUUUGCAAACCAGCAAACGGAGCCUGUCAUCGGGGGAAGGUACAUCGAGAUUUUACGGGAACACAAGCCAAAAAUCGUCUGGGAUGACUUUAAUGCUGAGCACUUCUUCACCUACAAGAAAAAUAAUGCAGUUAAACACGUGGUGUACUAUCCAUCAUUGAAGUCACUGUUUUUGAGGAUUGCUUUGGCUAAAAAAUUUGGCACCGGCAUCUCCUUAUGGGAACUGGGACAAGGCCUGGACUACUUCUAUGACCUCUUUUGAGCCAUCAUCACAUGGAUUUUUCAUCUCCAUUUCUCAUUUUGUUGCACUAAAAAGCCUAAUUGCUCUUUGGUUUGGGAAGUGUGAAUGACAUGAACUCUAAAAUGAGCUGCUUAACAGAUUUAAUUGUUGAACGUGGCAAAGAAGAUACUUGUGAUGUUUGUGUCUUUACUAAAUAAAUCGAGUAGUUCA